CUGGUCUGUUAUGUUAAAAACGAUCUGUUACGUUAGAAACACUUGCAAUUUCUUCCUGGGGCUACUUCAACAAGGAUGCAUAUUCUUUGUUCAGUGUUGCUUUUGGCCUCUCUGGUCUGCAUCCACUCAUCAUCUGCCUUAAAUAAAGUGUGGGAAGAGUGGAGAAUCAAUCAUCAAAAGGUUUAUGCUAAUCAGACUGAGCAUGUCUUCAGGAGAGCAGUAUGGGAGAAGAACAUGAAACUAGUGCUGAGACACAACCAGGAGGCCUCAGCAGGAAACCACAGCUUCACACUGGGACUGAACCACCUGGCUGAUAUGACAGCUGAGGAGGUCAGUGAGAAGCUGAACGGCCUGAAGCUGGAGGAUCCUGUUGAGUUCAGAAACAACACUUUUAUAAAGGACCUGAGUGGCUUAACAUUACCUCAGAGUGUGGACUGGAGAAAGGAAGGCCUGGUCAGUCCGGUCCGAAACCAAGGAUUAUGUGGAUCAUGCUGGGCCUUCAGUUCUCUGGGAGCCCUUGAAGGCCAGAUGAAGAAACAAACAGGUGUCCUCGUACCCCUGAGCCCGCAGAACCUGGUGGACUGCAGCACCUACGAUGGAAAUCACGGCUGCAACGGAGGUUACAUCUCCAAAGCCUACACAUACAUCAUCCGCAACGGAGGCGUUGACUCAGAGAGCUUUUACCCCUACGAACACCAGAACGGAAAAUGUCGCUACUCUGUGAAGGGAAAAGCCGCCUACUGCUCUAACUUCCACAUCCUGCCACGUGGAGACGAGAAUACUCUGCAGGCCUGGGUGGCCACAGUGGGACCUGUUGCUGUGGCCGUCAACGCCAUGCUACAGUCUUUCCACCUCUAUAAAGGAGGUUUAUACAACGCACCCGACUGUAACCCAAAAUUCAUAAAUCAUGCUGUUCUGGUUGUUGGCUACGGUUCAGACAGGGGACAAGACUUCUGGCUGGUGAAGAACAGUUGGGGAACUGCGUGGGGAGAAAAAGGCUUCAUUCGCAUUGCGAGGAACAAGAACAACCUCUGUGGCAUCGCCAGCUUUGCUGUUUACCCCACACUGUGAU